UUGCCGCGGACGCGCCAGCGGCUGCGCUUCAGUGCGGGGCGGGAGGGCGCGGACCGAGCCUGGCCGGGAGCCGGGAGCCGGCAGUCGGCAGCCAGCUGCCGGCGGAGCUGCUGCGGCGGUGGCAACAGGGUCCCUUUCCUCCCCGCGAGCACGGUGGCCGGCGCCGGGCGGCUUCUGCGCGCAGCUGGGCCCAGGGAGGAUCUGGUCAGACACUUUAAUUUUCUCUUGGGAGAAAGGGGCGAGUCCGGUCGCGAGCUUUCCUCGGUCUGGCUCGCGCCUCAGCGCGCCUCAGCUUCUGCCCGGCCUCUGGAAGAUGAGAGCUGGGUCUGCGCUGUGCAUUCCAGCGGCGGCAGCGCGCGGAGGCCGCCGAAAGUAGUGGCGCUUGCUGCGAGCCCCUGCUGGAAAAGUGAGCUGAGGCGGCGCGAACUCGGCUCUCCCUGCGCCCGGGCGCCCGCUGCGCCUGCUCUUCCUUCCCCUCGGCUCCCCGGCGGCCGCAGCAUGAAGUGGCGCAGCGAUGGCCAGGAGAGGUAAGAAGCCGGUGGUGAGGACGCUGGAGGAUUUGACGCUGGACUCGGGUUAUGGUGGCGCGGCGGACUCGGUGCGCUCCUCCAACUUGUCCCUGUGUUGUUCCGACUCGCACCCGUAUGGCGGGAGCUGCUGGCCGCCUCUAGCUGACUCCAUGCACAGCCGGCACAACAGCUUUGACACCGUCAACACUGCCCUGGUGGAGGACUCCGAGGGGCUGGACUGCGCCGGCCAGCACUGCUCGCGGCUGCUGCCGGACCUCGACGAGGUCCCCUGGACCCUCCAGGAGCUGGAGGUGCUGCUGCUGCGCUCGCGGGAUCCCCGCGCAGGCCCGGCGGCCCCCGGCGGCCUGCCCAAAGACGCGCUGGCCAAGCUGUCCAUGCUGGUGAGCCGGGCGCUGGUACGCAUCGCCAAAGAGGCGCAGCGCCUGAGCCUGCGCUUCGCCAAGUGCACCAAGUACGAGAUCCAGAGCGCCAUGGAGAUCGUCCUGUCCUGGGGCCUGGCGGCGCACUGCACGGCGGCCGCGCUGGCCGCGCUGUCCCUCUACAACAUGAGCAGUGCGGGCGGCGACCGCCUGGGCCGUGGCAAGUCGGCGCGCUGCGGCCUCACCUUCUCCGUGGGCCGCGUGUACCGCUGGAUGGUGGACAGCCGCGUGGCGCUGCGCAUCCACGAGCACGCCGCCAUCUACCUGACGGCCUGCAUGGAGAGCCUCUUCCGGGACAUCUACUCGCGGGUGGUGGCCUCCGGGCUGCCCCGAAGCUGCAGCGGCUCCGUCGCCGGCGCCGCCGCCGCCGCCAACCACCACCAUCACCACCUCCACACGCUCCUCGAAGCCCCCAAGUUCACGGUGGAGACGCUGGAGCACACCGUCAACAACGACUCGGAGAUCUGGGGUCUCCUGCAGCCCUACCAGCACCUCAUCUGCGGGAAGAACGCCAGCGGAGUGCUGUGCCUGCCUGACAGCCUGAAUCUUCACAGAGACCCGCAGCGGUCCAGCAAGCCAGGAGAACUGCCCAUGUUCAGCCAGUCCGAGUUGAGGACCAUUGAGCAGUCCCUGCUGGCGACCCGCGUGGGCAGCAUCGCAGAACUGAGUGACCUGGUGUCCCGAGCCAUGCAUCACCUGCAGCCCCUCAACGCCAAGCACCAUGGAAAUGGCACCCCCCUGCACAACAAGCAGGGGGCGCUCUACUGGGAGCCUGAGGCCCUGUACACCCUUUGCUAUUUCAUGCACUGCCCGCAAAUGGAAUGGGAAAAUCCCAACGUGGAGCCUUCCAAAGUCAACCUCCAGGUGGAAAGGCCCUUCCUCGUGCUGCCGCCGCUGAUGGAAUGGAUCCGGGUGGCCGUGGCACACGCCGGCCACCGCCGCAGCUUCUCCAUGGACAGCGACGACGUCCGCCAGGCGGCCCGGCUGCUGCUGCCCGGCGUGGACUGCGAGCCGCGCCAGCUCAGGGCCGACGAUUGCUUCUGCGCGUCUCGGAAGCUGGACGCCGUGGCCAUCGAAGCCAAGUUUAAGCAGGACCUGGGUUUCCGGAUGCUGAACUGUGGGCGGACAGACCUGGUGAAGCAAGCAGUGUCUCUCCUGGGGCCUGAUGGCAUCAACACCAUGAGCGAACAGGGCAUGACCCCCCUGAUGUAUGCCUGUGUCCGUGGGGACGAGGCGAUGGUUCAGAUGCUGCUGGAUGCCGGAGCUGACCUGAAUGUGGAGGUUGUCAGUACUCCUCAUAAAUAUCCAUCCGUCCACCCCGAGACCCGCCAUUGGACGGCUCUGACUUUUGCUGUGUUGCAUGGACAUAUUCCUGUAGUUCAGCUCCUCCUGGACGCCGGAGCCAAGGUGGAGGGCUCUGUGGAGCACGGCGAGGAGAACUACUCCGAAACGCCCUUACAGCUGGCGGCCGCCGUCGGAAAUUUUGAGCUGGUUAGUUUGCUGUUGGAGCGUGGCGCCGACCCCCUAAUAGGAACCAUGUACAGGAAUGGAAUUUCGACAACCCCCCAGGGUGAUAUGAACUCUUUCAGCCAGGCCGCAGCCCACGGACACAGGAAUGUGUUCCGCAAACUGCUCGCUCAGCCAGAGAAGGAGAAGAGCGAUAUCCUGUCCCUGGAGGAGAUUCUGGCUGAGGGGACUGACCUGGCGGAAACAGCCCCGCCCCCCCUCUGCACCAGCCGAAACAGCAAGGCCAAACUGAGGGCCCUGAGGGAGGCCAUGUAUCACAGCGCUGAGCAUGGCUACGUGGAUGUCACAAUUGAUAUCAGGAGCAUAGGCGUCCCCUGGACCCUGCACACGUGGCUGGAGUCCCUGAGGAUCGCCUUCCAGCAGCACCGCAGGCCUCUCAUCCAGUGCCUGUUGAAGGAAUUCAAGACCAUUCAAGAGGAGGAGUACACGGAGGAGCUCAUCACCCAGGGCCUGCCCCUGAUGUUUGAGAUCCUGAAAGCCAGCAAGAAUGAAGUGAUCAGCCAGCAGCUGUGCGUCAUCUUCACUCACUGCUACGGGCCCUACCCCAUCCCCAAGCUCACCGAGAUCAAGCGCAAACAGACCUCUCGCCUGGAUCCUCAUUUCCUUAACAAUAAAGAAAUGUCUGAUGUUACCUUUCUGGUGGAAGGAAGACCGUUUUAUGCUCACAAAGUGCUGUUAUUUACAGCCUCGCCAAGGUUCAAAGCGCUCCUCUCCAGCAAACCAACGAACGACAGCACCUGCAUUGAGAUCGGCUAUGUGAAGUACCCCAUCUUCCAGCUGGUCAUGCAGUAUCUCUACUACGGUGGCCCGGAGUCACUUCUCAUCAAAAACAACGAGAUAAUGGAGCUUCUGUCUGCUGCUAAAUUUUUCCAGCUGGAGGCGUUGCAGCGACACUGUGAGAUCAUCUGUGCAAAGAGCAUCAAUACCGACAACUGCGUGGAUAUUUACAACCAUGCCAAGUUUCUUGGCGUCACAGAGCUCUCAGCCUACUGUGAAGGCUACUUUCUCAAAAACAUGAUGGUCCUGAUCGAGAACGAAGCCUUCAAGCAGCUCCUCUAUGACAAAAGUGGCGAAGGGACGGGCCAGGAUGUGCUGCAGGACUUACAGAGGACGUUGGCCAUCAGGAUCCAGUCGAUCCACCUGUCAUCCUCCAAAGGCUCGGUUGUAUGAGACGCCGGUGGUGGGAAUGCUCCGCGGGACCUUGCCUGCUCUCCUGCUCGCUGGCUUCUCACCGAUAGUACCACGUCCACCGGCGGCUGUUUCUGGCUGGGCCACGGAGCUGCCUCGACUGCCUUGGCUUCUCCUGAAUAAGCACCUCCAGCUCCCAUGUAUUCCUGUUGAAAAACCCAGGACAUUGCAAGGUCCUUACAGCCGGCCCAGAGCCUGGUGGCCGAUGUCGGGCUGCCAAGCAAAUGCCAUCUGAAAGCAGCCCCCGGGCGCUUGACCGCCCUCAGCUGGGGACCCGCUGACAGGUGGAUGGAUUGAGAACUGAGGGUCGUUCAGGUUCUAGGUUGAUUUUUGGAGAACUCGACUACUACUCGCCCUGAAGAGCGUUGAAAUUACACAACAAGGACUUUCGGAGCUGCUGUUCGGCAAAGAGGCAGCCACGGAGGCGUGUCGCUGCUACCAAUAAUGGAGAGAUAAUCUGGCUAAUUUUUAGGGGUGGGAACUUUAUAAAAUGUUCAUAAAAACAAACAGGGCAGCCUUGUAGUUCAAACUAUAUUUCUAAAAGCUUGAAGUUCAUUUUCAAUUGAAUUCUAUUUAGGGAUCUGUGUUUUGAGGUUUUGUUGGUUUUUUUUUUAACAGUAAGUCACAGGUCCAUUCUGUAUAGACAGGCACCUGACAGGGUAAUGCUGACAUCAUCUUGCCUUAGUGAUCAUGGUUACACAAAAGAGGUGCACUGCCAAUAAUUAUCUCUAAUUCAAUAGCUGAAAACCUUGCAUGCUACUUGUGGUUUUUGGGGUAAGAAUAAAACACCCCACCUAACAAACACAUGCAUUUGCAUGGGCUCAACCCUGUGAAACAUUACGUUUGUGCUUCAUUUUUGCCAAGGUAACAACAUUCCGUCACUUCUUGCUAAACAGAAAGUCCACUUGGUGAAACUCAUAUCCAUUUCUUUUCUUAAUUGUGAAUGAUUCUGGGAUGCUUUUGCAGAAAUUGGUCAUAGCGGA